ACAACAAGGACGAGCUCUGACGCUGUCAGUAUUCCAAUAAUAUUUAUUUAUUAAAAAUUACAAAUAUUAAUUAUUAUUUCAAUAGAAAUUUCAAGUGUGAGUUUAAAAAAAAAGUUGAGUUGUAAUAAAAACGAAUUGAAGGUCUGAGAAGGUGCUGGAGUGAAUAAAAAUUAUAAAUAAAAUAAAAGACAAAGAAAGUGGAUAUUGAACGGAUGAUGUUGAUAUUUAUUUGAUUUUUUGGAGAAAAGCCAAAAUAAUAAUAACAUAAUUGUAUGGAAACAAAUUUAGAGCGUAGUUUAAAAACAUUUUUCAAUCAGUUUUCAUCUUAUCGGUGAUAGAAAAAUAAACAAUUUAAUUAAAUGCCGAGAUUCGAUAGUAUAUGGGACAAAACAUCAGCGACAGCACCUUCCCAUGCUCCUCCAAACUGUGCAAUGUGUCGUAAAAAAAUGAAGAUGAAGAGAAGCAAAUCGCUGUCACCAGAACCAUCAAGCAGCCGUGAUGCUAAAAUUCCUAGACUGUCAAACAAUUCGGAUUUUAAUGAACCCGGUGAUUUCAAACCAAAGCUACUGGAUUUUUCGGAUGAUGUAUUGCUUAAUAUAUUUAAAUAUGUAUCACCUCAAGAUCUUUUUGCUUUGAGCUCCUGCUGCCACCGAUUAAAUCAAGUCUGUCGUGACCGUACUCUUUGGAAAGUCGUUAAUUUCAAAUCACGUCAAAUAAAAAAGGAUGAACUGAGUACAAUAUUAGAAUUUUUGAAACCGAAUACUGAGAGUAUUAUAAUUAAUGGCCGAGUUGAGUUUACAAUAAACAAAGAUAAAUUUAAUGAAGAAGUAGCUAAUGGAGAUUUAAGUAAAUAUCAGGGGACAUCAAAUGGCGGUUGCAGUAAAUAUGAAGGAACAUCGAAUGGCGGAUGCAGUAAAUAUGAGGGAGCAUCAAAUGGUGAUAUUAGUAAAUUUGUGGGAACAUCAAACGGUUUUGUUAGUGACGUAGGAACAUCGAAAGGAUUUAUAAGUGAUGCUGGAACAUCAAAUACUGUUAUGAAGAAUGAAGCAACGUCUAGUAAUAUUAAAGACCGAAUAGUUAUUUUAGAAGAAUUAAAAAAUAAUUUUCUUACUAAAAUUGGUAAAAUUUGUACUAAUUUAAAAGAACUUGUGAUUGAAGAAUUUACAAUCGUUAAUAAUGAUAUUAAAAUAACAGAUUUUCCAUCAACACUUGAAAAACUGUCAUUAAAGGGAUGUAAAGUGUGUAAUGUCAAUCCAAAACAGUCUUACUUCUUUAAAUUGGACCACCACAUGCCUAAUUUAACGACGUUGAUAGUGACAGACUGCCAGUGGCUGAGAAGUCACUCGCUGAUGGUGAUCAGCAAGAUACCCAAGCUGAAGGAACUGAGAAUGAAUUCGUGUAAAUAUGUUGGCGACUGUGUGGCUUACAUGAGUCUAGCAACGAGGUUCGGGUUCAAGACACUAGAAAUUCUUGAUUUAUGUCACACGAAUGUCGGUGACUCGGAAGUCAGCUGCUUCUUUCAGUACACUACCACUUUAACCCACUUGUACUUGGACUACUCCCCUAUAGACUUGAAGCCCAAAAGUGAUAUUCACAAUUUUAUUGCUCUGAACCCUCCAGUUUACGAAGAUAAUCAUGUGGCGCAGUACGUCAUCGAUGGGAAUCAGUUUGAUAUGGACGACAUGUCGCCCUGUCGCAUCACUGACCGGUGUAUCUGUUCAAUCGGGUCUUACUUGAGUCAUCGCCCGGCGCCUCAAGUUCCUCAGAGGGAUGUCCCCGAUAUGGUCAUCAUUGAACCCAGACCUCGGGUCUGCAGCAAUCCCAUUCUUCGGACUCUAGUCGUCAGAAAUUAUCCGAAAGUAACUGACAGAAGUCUCAGACAUCUGGCAGAACACAUACACAACUUGGAGUACGUCGAUCUCACCGGCACAUCGGUAACAAGAAACGGAGUUGAAAGUUUCAAAUCUCUCCGACCCAACGUCACUUUGAUUUCAUCAAUAAGUGAUUAGUAAUUAGCAUUUACAACCAGUGAAUCAUCAACAAUAAUAAAUUAAAAAUAAAUAUUAAGUUCGACUGUCGUGCGGUACUUGCAUGUGUGUUACAUUCGUGCAAUUUGGUUAUUUUCCGUAAUCACUCUAUGAGUGUAAUUAAAUUAAAUUAUUAUUACUAUUAUUAUUAUUAUUUUAUAUUAUACGUGAAAUUUUUUAAUUGGACUGAGAC